GGGGGUUAGGGUUGGAGGUGGGGGCUGGGGUGGGGGUGGGGGGGUGGGAAGAAGCGUCUUCUCUGCGGCUGGGAAUGCAGCGAGGCGGGGGCAGGACGGGGAGAACUACUGUGGAGACAUCAUUUCUGAAUUUAUAGAUAUAAGAAAAAACCAAGUUCAGAUGAUGCCUACAUAGAAGCAGUUGGACUGAAUGCAUUAUUGCUGAGCCAGUCACUCAGGUAUCCUAACUGAUUUGGUUGCUAUGGGAGAUUGGAAAACUAUUACAGUGCCAAUUCCAUCAUCAGAAAGCAAAAAUAUUUCUCAGUUUACCUCAGAAACCAAUAUGUCUCCUUCAAGUUUAUACUCACAGCAAGUUCUGUGUCCUUCACUACCUUUGGCAAAGAGUGUGCACAGUUUUUUCAGGGCUUUCUGCACAGAAGAGAAUGUUGACCAGAGUAUAUCCUAUCUUGACCAGGAGCUGACUACUUUAGGUUUUCCUUCAUUAUGUGAAGAGUCCAAAGGUAAAGAGGUUAAAAGAGACUUAAAUAUAGUUGCAGUUUUAAAUUGUAUCCAUGAACUACUUGUACUUCAUCGAAAGAACCUCCUAGCUCAGGAAAAUGUGGAAACACAGAAUUUGAAACUGGGAAGUGAUAUGGACCAUCUGCAGAACUGCUAUUCCAAGCUGAAGGAACAACUAGAAACAUCUAGGAGGGAAAUGAUUGGGCUUCAGGAGAGAGACAGACAGCUACAAGGCAAGAACAGAAACUUGCACCAGUUGCUUAAAAAUGAGAAGGAUGAGGUACAAAAAUUACAGAAUAUCAUUGCAAGUCGGGCAACUCAGUAUAAUCAUGAUAUGAAGAGAAAAGAGCGUGAAUAUAACAAGCUAAAGGAACGUCUUCAUCAACUUGUUAUGAAUAAAAAGGAUAAAAAAACAGCUAUGGAUAUUUUAAAUUAUGUAGGGAGAGCAGAUGGAAAGAGAGGAGCCUGGAGAACUGGCAAAACUGAAGCUAGGAAUGAAGAUGAAAUGUAUAAAGUUCUGUUGAAUGAUUAUGAACAACGCCAGAAACAAAUUCUGUUGGAAAAUGCUGAGCUCAAGAAAGUUCUUCAGCAAAUGAAAAAGGAAAUGAUUUCUCUUCUGGCGCCACAAAAGCAAAAACCUAAAGAAAAGGCUGAAGAUAGUCCCGGGGCUGUCCAGUCAGAUGUUGAAGAAGAUACUUCAGAACUAAGUAAAGAAAAUAUGUGGGAACUCUCCUGUGAAACUGUAAGAGAGCAGCUUACUAAUAGCAUUAGAAAACAGUGGAGAAUUCUGAAAAGUCAUGUGGAAAAACUUGAUAACCAAGUGUCAAAGGUACACUUAGGAGGCUUUAAGGAUGAAGAAGUUAUCUCAAGACAGGAUCAUGAACAAGAAACUGAAAAAUUGGAGUUGGAAAUUCAACAGUGCAAGGAAAUGAUCCAGACUCAACAACAACUUUUACAGCAGCAAUUCACCACUGCAUGUGAUGAUGAUACCUCCUCAUUAUUACAAGACUGUUAUUUAUUGGAAGAAAAAGAACGUCUCGAAGAAGAAUGGGCCUUAUUUAAAGAACAAAAAAAGAACUUUGAGAAAGAAAGACGGAGUUUUACAGAAGCUGCUAUCCGUCUAGGACUAGAGAGAAAGGCCUUUGAAGAAGACCGAGCUGGUUGGCUAAAGCAGCAGUUUUUAAACAUGACUUCUUUUGACAACAAGAAUUCAGAAAGUGCCUUCUCAGGAAGUUCUGAUCAGGACAAUCUAACACUAUACUCCAAGCCUGGACAAAAAUUUUAUUCUGUGUCUAGCGAGUCUUCUUUAUGCACAUCUAAACUCACUAAAUCUCUGCCUGUUUCCCCUUCUACUUCAGAGCUUUUCCAGACAAUUCACCAUUUAUCAACAAAUAGCAGGGUACUGAAUGUAACCACAGAAGACACUAAACCAAAUCAGGUUGGAAGGGAAUGUACGACUCAGAGAUGGAGCAUGGCAUCAAGAUCGGACUCACAGGAAGGAGGCUGCUCUGGUUCACGCUCUUUGGCUUGUACAGAUUCAUCCAUAGAACACAGAGAUGGCUUACCAUAGGCAUAUCGAGUGGAAUGUGCUUGGUUAAGUUAAUGUGUUCCUAAAUUCUCUUGUCUAAGAUGCAAAGUGGGAUAAACUUGAUCAUAUUUAAUGGUUUUAAGAAA